AUGAGGGUUCUUUGUGUUGCGGAGAAACCUGCCAUAGCGAAAGCAGUGGCUUUCAUACUUGGAGGGGGGCGUGUAUCCACGCGAGAAACAAAGGUAGGCUGGAUCAAAAACUAUGAUUUCGACUUCAAUUUCCCGCAGUUCGGAAGUUGUCAGGUUACCAUGACCGCAGUGACUGGCCACAUCACCACGAUAGAUUUCCCUGAGAAUUAUGGUUGGGGAAAAUGCGAGCACUCGAGUCUAUUUGAUGCCCCUGUUCUGACAAAAUACACAGACAAGAAUUCCAUGAACAUUGCCAAAAAUAUCACUGAUGAAGCUUCACGAUCCAAUGUGCUGAUGAUAUGGACAGAUUGCGAUCGGGAGGGAGAGUACAUUGGAUACGAAAUUAUGGAGCAAGCACGAAAGAAAAACCCGAGCAUUAACUUGGAGACCACUCAGCGAGCACAUUUCUCCCAUCUUGAACGGUCACACGUGAUUCGUGCUGCGUGCAAUACCACAAAAUUAGAUCAAAAGGCGAUCGACGCCGUGCUGACACGUAUGGAACUUGAUUUACGUACAGGAUCCAGCUUCACGCGGCUUCUCACGGAUUUGUUCAGACGAAAUUUUAGAUACGACAACGUUGUGUCUUAUGGUGGGUGUCAGUUCCCUACCCUCGGUUUUGUGGUUGACCGUUACAAACGAAUCAAGAACUUUAUACCGGAGGAUUUCUGGUACUUGAACCUCGCUUUCAAAAAGAAGAAUGACAAAGCCAAAGGGACAACAUCGGCCACAUGGACUAGAGGCCAUUUAUUCGAUAGAUUUGCGGCCCUCUGCAUAUAUCAAAACUGUAUCGAGAUGGAUGGUAAUGAGGCAACAGUGGUAUCGCUUGACACAAAACCAACCUCAAACUGGGCUCCUUUACCGCUUACCACCGUCGAGAUGCAGAAAGACUGUGCUAGAUUUUUCAAAUUCAGCGCAAAGCAAACACUCACCAUUGCAGAAAAGCUGUACAAUUCUGGAUUUAUUUCCUACCCCAGGACAGAGACCGACCGAUUUCCCAAGAACAUGGAUCUCAAAAAACUGAUCCAAUCGCAAACACAGUCUCAAACAUGGGGUCAGUACGCCCAAAUGUUGUUAAACGACGGUAGCAAAUUCAGGCAACCGAGAGAGGGCUCCCACGACGACAAAGCACACCCUCCUAUUCAUCCUGUCAUUUUCACGAGUGGAGAGUCAUUGAACGCAAACGAACGAAAGCUUUACGAAUACGUGGUGCGUCGAUUUUUGGGAUGUUGCUCUAAAGAUGCGACUGGUUUGAGAACCAGUUUGACUCUCAAAUGGGGGACAGAAACUUUCACGGCUUCGGGACUCAUUGUCAACGAACUCAAUUACUUGGAAGUAUAUGUUUACAAUUCGUGGGAGUCAUCCAAGUCCAAGAUUCCGGAAGUUCAGGCCGGGGAUAAAGUUACUCUGACCUCUGCACAGUUAUCCACGGGAAAAACGUCACCUCCUAGCCCCCUCACCGAGCCAGAAUUGAUUGCGCUGAUGGAUAUCAACGGAAUUGGCACUGAUGCCACAAUCGCAGAGCAUAUUGAAAAAAUUAUAGAGCGCUCAUAUGUCACCAAAGAAGAUCAGGGCCGCGGAAAGUCCAAGUCCAAGGUUCUCAUCCCAACCGAGCUGGGCUAUGCCUUGGCCGAAGGGUUCAGCCAAAUUGGCUUUGAUAGCAUGUCCUUGACUAAACCUUUCUUGCGCAAAAAUCUUGAGGUCAAACUAAAAGCAAUUUGCGAGGGAUCCAUUCAAAGAGAGCAGGUGCUUCAGGAAAUAGGGUCCAUGUAUCGCGAGGCAUUCGCAUUGACCAGCCGCAGCUCACGUCUCCUGGCGGACAGUUAUCGAACUGUGACGGCCAGUAACGCUUAGCACAUCUCAAGUGGAGGUGGAACAUCCGGGACCAGUCCCAGCUUGAAAUGCUCAGCCUUGAAUUCAUUGAUAAUAGAUUCGGACAGGUCGUCAACUUUGGUUGGCUGCUCUUCUAUUGCAGCCUGUUUGAAUCCUGUAGGCGUAGGGUUUGUAGUUUGUCCAAAUGAUGCCGCACUUGGUUGUACGAAAGGCGAGUUUUGAGCCUGGCCAAAAGGCGCAGACGAUGGCUGUGUGAAAGGCGACGAGCUGCUGACGUUCUUGGUCGCAGCUUGACCAAAAACACCAGCAUUAGCAGUCUGCUGGCCAAAAGGAGAGGCUUUUUGAGCGCCAAAUGAGCCAAACCCAGUUUUUCCAAAAGCGGACGAUGUCUGUGGGUUUCCAAAAGGGCCAGCGUUAGACGUAGUGGACUGUGAUCCUGCUCCAAAAGGACUGGGCUGAAUCGUACUAGUCUGGCCCCCAAAGGGACCAGCAGAGGACGAAGCACCUGCACCGACUCCAUUAGGAAACGACAUCGUACUUGAGUUCAUUGUGUUGCCAGAGAUUGCGCCAAAUGGACUGGCAGUGCUCGAGGAUGCAUUAGAUUGACCUCCAAAUGGAUUUGGUUUAACACUUGCAAAAGCUCCCGUCGGCUGCCCAAAACCUGUUUUGCCGAAACCCGAGGAGGCUCCUGAAGAGCUACCAAAUGGAUUAGAUACGCUGUUUGUGCUGGUUUGUGAUCCAAAGGGGUUGGGUUUGGAACCAAAACCUGCGCUUCCGAAAGCGGGAGUGUUGGAUGAUGCAAACGGGUUAGCGUUAGUUGUCACUGCUGUGCCAAAAGGAUUGGAUUGCGCUGCAGGGGCCCCGAAAUGAUUUUUAGCGGAACCUAGAGAGGAACUCUGCUGAUUGAAAGGCGAUGAACCUCGAUUUCCAAACGGUAAGGAUGAAGAUGGGGCAGGGUUCAUAUCGAUAGAGAAAUUGAUGAAAGGUUUGACAUCUGCUGGAUUUUUCUCAGCUGCUAAUUGCAAAUACCUAGCAGCCUUUUGGGCGUCUUUCCGCACGUAUUCCAGGCAUUUAAUCAUGUCUUGUUUUCGACUAUUAUAUUCAUGAACAGCAGUAUCUGGGUUUUGAUAGUAUUGAACCCGCAGCUCCUCAUACGAUACGUCUCUUCCGCUUAUAAUGUUCACGUUGGCGGGCGGAGGCAAACUAAAG